GCAGCAGCAGCAGCAGCAGCAGCAGCAGCAGCAGCAGCAGCAGCAGCAGCAGCAGCAGCAGCAGCAGCAGCAGCAGCAGCAGCACCGCUUCACCGAUGCAGCCAUCCUUCUUUCAAAAACUCCGGAGACUGAGAGGCCCUAUCUCUGGGGCCCAUAUAUUCUCGAGCGGGUACUAAACGCCUCGCUGCGAUUUGAGUGGGGACGCGGGGCGCAGCAGCAAAAGCAGCAGCUGCUGCAGCAAAUGCGAACGCAGCAGCAGCAGAUGUGGAAAGCGCUGAACGCGGCGGUGAGGGGAAACCCCAGAGUGGGGCCCCCAGCUGCUGCUGCUGCUGCUGCUGCUGCUGCUGCUGCUGCUAAUGCUGCUGCUGCUGCUGUUAUCCCAGCAGCAGCAGCAGCAGCAGCGCCUGCCGCCACCCGCGCCCGCUGGGGAGCCCCAGCCGAGUGCCCGUACACGUCAUGCUGCCUGCAGCAGCAGCAGCAGCUGCAGCAGCAGCAGCAGCUGCUGCUGCUGCAGCAGCAGCAGCAGCAGCAGCAGCGUCGGUUUGGAUCCGAGACUGUUGCGUCUCUGCUGCGGCAGAUGGAAGGGGGCCCUUCUGCUGCUUUCAAAGGAGCAGCAGAAAUGAAGACAGAGGGAAUUGUAGCAGCAACAAUCGGGGACAUGUGUCUGUGUGAGGGCCUCCUGGGGGCCCGGCUAGGCGACGCUGUGCUGCUGGAGGGGCCCCCCGGGGGGCCCCCCAUUUUGGGUUUAGUAAUGGAGAUAAGAAAAAGGCACACAGUGGUGGGGCUGCUGCAGCAGUUCCCUGCUGCUGCUGCUGCUGCAGCGGGAGCAGCAGCAGCAGCAGCAGCGAGGGGCGGAGACCCACGCAGCUGCAGCGUGCAAAAAAUGCUGCAGCAGCUGCAGCAGCAGCAACCGCAGCAGCAGCAGUAUACUGUCCCUGCGGAGAGCUUUUGUCGCCUUGCUGCGCCUGUAUGCAGCAGCAGCAGCAGCAGCAACAGCAGCAGCAGCAGUGCUAGCAGCAGCAGCAGCAGCAGCGUCAAGGCGCUGUGGGAGGAAUCUGGUGUCUCUGUGGAGCUGCUGUCGCCGGCUGAUGCGCUGCUGCUGCUGCAGCAGCAAGCAGCAGCAGCAGCAACAGCAGCAGCAACAGGACUGGGGCGGCCCCCUGCGGCGCUGCAGACUUGGCGCCUCCACAGCCAGCAGCAGCAGCAACAGCAGCAGCAGCAGCAGACCCAAAGCAGCAGCAGCAGCAGCAGCAGCAGCAUGCAGCCGCUGCUGCUGUCGGGCUGGACUCCCCUCGACAGUUUGCUGCCGCUGCGCUUGGGAGAUUUGCUGCUGCUCACUGGGCCCUCAAGUGCAGCAAAAAGCAAUUUGCUGCAGCAGACCCUGGCUUCCUGGCUGCAGCAGCUGUCUGCUGCAGCAGCAGCAGCAGCAGCAGCAGAGACCCCAGGGACUGCAGCAGUGCUGGUGCUGCUUGGCGCUUCGCCUUUGAACGCCCAGCAGCAGCUGCUGCAGCUGCGGAGGGCGUUUGCUGCAGCGCAGCAGCAGCAGCAGCAGCAGCAGCGGCAGCAGCAGAUACAGCUGAAAGUGCUGUAUGUACACACGACAGCAGCAGCAGCAGCAGCAACUCCAGUUUCUAGCUUUGCUGCUCCUCUCCUGGGGCUCCGUCUAGCGCAGGCACUGCAGCGCAGCAGCAGCAGCAGCAGCAGCAGCAGCAACAGCAGCAGCAGCAGCGGCUCCGCAGUGGUGUUCGUUGUUGACGGUCUGGAGGCUCACGAGGCAGCAGCAGCAGCUGCUGCAGCGCAGCAGCAGCAGCUGCUGCUGCCAGGAGACACAGGAACUGUGACCCCACUUUGUCUCCUUCCCUCUAUAUAUGGAAUUCUUGCAUGCGACGAGCAGCAAACAGCAGCAGCAGCUCAGCAGCAGCAGCAGCAGCAGCAGCAGCAGCAGCAGCAGCAGCAGCAGCAGCAGCAGCAGAGCAGGCUCAUGCCCCUUACCCGCAUCUUCUCCAUUCACACAGAAGAUGCUGCAGCAGCAACAGCAGCAGCAGCAGCAACAGUAGCAGCAGGCAGCACGUGCCCAGGUGCUGCUGCUGCUGCUGCUCUUGCGCCUCUGGCUACUGCAUGCAUUCCUUUUUGCUGCCUCCCCACAGGCACGCGCCGCAGCAGCAGCAGCAGCAGCAGCAGCAGCAGCAGCAGCAGCAGCGGAGCGCUGCUGCCGUCAAUCGACUGGCCGAUGCUGCUGCAGCAGUCUCCUCAUUGGGCCCUUGCAGAUUCGUUUGCUGCUCUCUGCAGCUGCUGCUUCUCCCCAGCUUUUGCUGCUGCUGCUGCUGCUGCUGCGGAGGUGCAGCAGCAGCAGCAGCAGUUGCUUACUGCUGCUGAAUCGCUGCUCCGGGCGAGCCGCUGCAGCAGCAGCUACUGCAGCCGCGCUGCAGCAGCAGCAGCGCAGCCGCUGCUGCUGCGAAUUGCUGCUGCUGCUUUUCUCUGGCAGCAGCAGCAACUGCAGCAGCAGGGCUCCCGGCAGCAGCUGCUGCAGCAGCUGCGCAUGCAGCUAGAAGACUAUGAAGCAGCAGAACUCAGCAGCCUGCAGUCUGCUGCUGCUGCUGUUGCUGUGCUGCAGCAGCAGCCGCUGCUGUUCCGCUCCCCCCCCGAGCAGCUGCUGCUGCUCCGCGCCGCAGCGUUCUACUUCUUUGGGCCCCACACCAGCAGCAGCAGCAGCAGCAGCAGCAGCAGCAGCAGCAGGGAUCGGGUGCAGCAAGCAGCAGCAUUUGCGCAGCAGCUGCUGCAGCAGUUCCCUGCUGCCUAUCCGCUGCUGUGGGAGGAGCUGCAGGACCAUCUGUCUCGAGACGCAGCAGCAACAGCAGCAGCAGCAGCAGCAGCAACAGCAGCAGCAGCAGCAGCACCAGCUGCUGCUGCACUGCAGCAGCAGCAAGACCCCCGCGAGGCUGCUGCUGCUGCUCUUCUGCUGCUGCGCAAAACUGACGAAGCCCUCUUGUCUCUUAGAGAGGAUUUCCCUCUUACCCGGACUUUUUAA